AUGGUUUUUAAGUGCCAGGAAGAUAGUUUUUUAAGGAAGUUUACUUCAAAAGUUAUAAAAUGUGAACCUACAAAUGAGCCGCUGGUUGAAUACGGGAAGACAUCGCAGUUUGAAGGGUACCAGGUCACAUUGGAGAACACAAUACUAUUUCCCGCUGGUGGUGGACAACCACAUGAUAUUGGUCGGCUGAAUAACACGGAAGUAGUUCAAGUCUUACGCAAAGGAGAUGAGGCUCUACAUUUCACAAAGGAGCCCAUUGAAGUGGGCACUGUGGUGGAACAGGAGAUCAACUGGGACCGACGAUUUGAUCAUAUGCAACAGCACUCAGGUCAGCAUUUACUCUCAGCUAUUUUGGAGAAGGAACAUAAUCUACCGACCACUAGCUGGUGGCUAGGUUUGGAAGAAAGCUAUGUUGAAUUGGACUCGACAAAAGUUAGCGAAGAAGUGAUAAAGGCCACUGAAAAUAGAUGCAAUCAAUUAAUUCAGGAAGCUAUACCAGUCAACGUGAAGUUCUGUAAGGCUAAUGACCCAGAUUUAAAUGAGGCUCACACUCGAGGUCUUCCAAAAGAUUGUAUGGAGACGAUCAGAAUCAUAUGCAUCGGUAAUGUAGACGAGAAUAUGUGCUGCGGUACUCAUGUUACUAAUCUCAGCCAACUGCAGACGAUUAAGUUAACGGGCAUUGAGCCAGGGAAGAAGGGUAAAACUAACCUUAAGUUCUUGGUGGGAAACCGAGUUCUUAGGACCUUCCAACUGAUGCUGGACAGAGAGAAGGCUUUGACUGGAUUACUCAAAAACGAACCAACCAGACACGAAGAUUUAGUUCAAAAACUGCAAAAGAACUUGAAAAUAGCCAAUAAGAACUUACAAACAGUACUGCAAGAACUCGCUCAGUUUGAAAUAGAGAGAAUAAAAAGUUCAAUCCCGAAACCGAAGUACGUGAUUAUGUUUAAGAAGGAGGCUACUCCAGAGUUUAACCGGGCUGUUAUCAAAGGUUUGGAGGGCGAAGGCCUAUUCUUGUUCUUUGCUUCGGAGGAACCUGAUAAGCCUAAAGAGGGACAAAUUAUUAUACAAGGCCCUGAGGAACACUGCAAUGCUUUGGGAACAAAGAUCACGGAACUCUUGAAAGGCAAAGGUGCAUUUAAAAAUGGCAAGUUUCAAGGCAAAGCUGGUGAUUUGAGCGGCAUGAACAAGUGCAAAAAGUUGAUUGAAGACUAUUUUAACAGUCAAUAA